AUGUCUAGCCCCAAGAGCGCCAGCACCGACGCAGUUCGCGAUCGCUUCCGUCAAUUCUGGUCGCGAAACAGCAACACCAUACCUCGUUACAGAGACUCUCCCGAAGCAUACGCCGCGAGUGACAGCGAGAUCGAAGUCCCGCCAACACCAGCCGAGAGUUUCACUUCUGAGGAUGGAUUGCUUCCUCCCGCGUACAUGAUUCCGAAGCCAUGGACACGGAAACGUUCCUUUAUCAUGUGUGGCGCCGUUUGGUUGGCCAUGCUCUUGAUAUUUGUUCUCCUGAACCUGGUACUAUUCGUAGCCCGCGAGGUCUGGGACACGGCAUCCGAGCAGGUCGAAAGUGCGAGCAUCGUUGAACCAAUUCCAUGCCACUCUCAUAACGAUUAUUGGAGAAGAAGGCCCAUCUACGACGCUCUCCAAGCUGGAUGCAUUGGCAUUGAGGCGGAUGUGUGGCUCCUCGACACCGAAUUAUUUGUCGGCCACAACAAGUGGUCUCUGCGCCAAAAGAACACCUUCACAAGCCUUUACGUAGACCCUCUCGUCCGUCUGCUUGAGGAACGGAAUGCGGACCUUGGAAAUAUCACAGAGGAAUCACCGCGAGGCAUUUAUGAGUCAAGCCCAGACCAAACCAUGGUCCUCCUCGUGGACUUGAAGACGAGCGGCCCGGAGACCUGGCCGGAGGUGGUGCGUCAGCUGGAGCCCUUGCGCGAGCGAGGCUGGCUGAGCAAAGUCAUCGAUGGCAAGGUUCACUACGGGCCUAUCACCGUCGUCGGAACUGGCAACACUCCUUUCGACAUGGUCGUCGAAAAUUCAACCUACAGAGACACGUUCUUUGACGCACCUCUUCUCAACCUAAACCAGCAUAAUUUCGAUCUGACCAACUCUUUUUACACGAGCGUGUCGUUCAAGAAGGCGCUCGGCACUGUUUGGUUUGGCGACUUGUCGAAGGGCCAGAUGACGAAAUUGAGAGCACAAAUCAAGGAGGCCCAUUCUCGCGGCUUGAUGGUACGGUACUGGGAUCUCCCAGCAUGGCCAAUCAGCAUCAGAAAUCACGUAUGGGACGUGCUCGUUCAAGAGGGCGUUGAUAUCCUGAACGUGGACGAUCUCAAAGGCGCCAGAAGAGAAUGGGAUCUCAAGGGGUGGAAACGGCUAACCGGCAACUCCACGAUACCAGCCUAA